ACUAUUGUACGCCGGCUUGCCUCAGCAUCUGCUUUCUCGGUCGUACAGUCUAGAAAAAUCAAUACAGCAUCCGGUUCAACAGAGCGAUCGACUCCAUCGACUACAAUGGCGUCCAAGAUCCCUGCGCACUUCCUCGGCGGUAACUCGCUCGACGCUGCACCAGCGGGUCCCGUCAAGGACUUUGUCGCUGCUCACGGUGGUCACACUGUUAUCACCAAGGUUCUUAUUGCUAACAACGGUAUCGCCGCUGUUAAGGAGAUCAGGUCGGUUAGGAAGUGGGCCUACGAGACUUUCGGAAAUGAGAGGGCCGUGCAGUUCACUGUCAUGGCGACACCAGAGGAUUUGAAGGUCAACGCAGAAUACAUCAGGAUGGCCGAUCAGUACGUCGAAGUUCCCGGUGGUUCUAACAACAACAACUACGCGAACGUCCAGCUCAUCGUCGACGUCGCUGAGCGUAUGAAGGUUCACGCCGUCUGGGCUGGUUGGGGACAUGCUUCCGAGAACCCUAAGCUCCCAGAAUCUCUCGCCAAGUCCAAGAUCGUCUUCAUCGGUCCUCCCGGAUCCGCUAUGCGCUCUUUGGGAGACAAGAUUUCCUCCACCAUUGUUGCGCAGUCAGCCAAGGUCCCUUGUAUGGACUGGUCUGGUACUGGAAUUGACCAGGUUGUGGUGGAUGAGGAGACCGCCUUGGUUACUGUGUCUGAUGAGGUUUACCACAAGGCGUGUACUCACGAUCCCGAGGAGGGUCUGGACAGGGCCAGGAAGAUUGGUUUCCCUGUCAUGAUUAAGGCUUCAGAAGGUGGAGGUGGUAAGGGUAUCCGUAAGGUCGAGAGCGAGGACAACUUUGUUGGUGCCUACGAGCAGGUCUUGAGCGAAGUUCCUGGAUCCCCUGUCUUCAUCAUGAAGCUCGCUGGUAACGCCCGUCACUUGGAAGUCCAGCUCUUGGCCGAUCAGUACGGUAACAACAUUUCUUUGUUCGGUCGUGACUGUUCCGUUCAGCGUCGUCACCAGAAGAUUAUUGAGGAGGCCCCCGUCACCAUUGCUAAGCCUGACACCUUCCAGGCUAUGGAGCGCGCCGCCGUUCGUCUCGGUAGGUUGGUCGGAUACGUUUCCGCCGGUACCGUCGAGUACCUUUACUCCCACGCCGAUGACAAGUUCUACUUCUUGGAGUUGAACCCCCGUUUGCAGGUCGAACACCCUACUACCGAGAUGGUUUCUGGUGUCAACUUGCCCGCUGCUCAGUUGCAGGUUGCUAUGGGUCUUCCCUUGCACCGUAUUCGCGACAUCCGUCUCUUGUACGGAGUUGAGCCUAACGGCACCUCCGAGAUCGACUUUGACUUCUCCGAUGAGAAGUCAAAGUCCACCCAGCGCAAGCCCCAACCCAAGGGUCACGUUACUGCUUGUCGUAUCACCUCUGAGGACCCUGGAGAGGGAUUCAAGCCUUCCGGUGGUACGAUGCAGGAGUUGAACUUCCGUUCUUCUUCCAACGUCUGGGGUUACUUCUCCGUUGCCGCCGCUGGUGGUAUUCACGAGUUCGCUGACUCACAGUUCGGUCACAUUUUCGCCUACGGUCAGACUCGUUCCGAGUCCCGCAAGCACAUGGUUGUCGCUUUGAAGGAGUUGUCCAUUCGUGGUGACUUCAGGACCACCGUUGAGUACUUGAUUAAGUUGCUCGAGACUCCCGCUUUCGAGGAUAACACUAUUACCACCGGGUGGUUGGACACCUUGAUUCAGGAGAAGUUGACUGCCGAGCGCCCUGACACCACUUUGGCUGUCCUCUGUGGUGCCGUCACUAAGGCCUGGGUUGCCUCUGAGGAGUGUGUCGCCGAGUACCGCAAGUCUUUGGAGAAGGGUCAGGUUCCUUCCAAGGACAUCUUGAAGACCGUCUUCCCCAUCGACUUCAUCUACGAGGGUCAGCGUUUCAGAUUCACUGCCACCCGCGGUUCCAUGGACACAUUCUACCUCUUCAUUAACGGCUCCAAGGCCGAAGUUGGUGUCCGUGCCCUUGCUGACGGGGGUCUCUUGAUCUUGAUCGAUGGUCGCUCCCACUCCGUUUACUUCCGUGACGACGUUGGUGCCGUCCGUAUGUCCGUUGACGGUCGCACUUGCAUGUUGGAGCAGGAGCACGACCCUACUCAGCUCCGCUCUCCCUCCCCCGGUAAGCUCGUCCGUUUCUUGGUCAGCUCCGGUGAGCACGUCAAGGCCGGUCAGCCCUUCGCUGAGGUUGAGGUCAUGAAGAUGAUCCUGCCCCUUAUGGCCCAGGAGUCUGGCAUUGUCCAGUUUGUCAAGCAGCCCGGAGCAUCCCUCGCGGCUGGUGACAUCCUCGGUAUCCUGACCUUGGAUGACCCUAGCCGUGUUAAGCACGCUCAGCCCUACGACGGUCAGUUGCCCGCCAUGGGUCCCCCUACCCUCUUUGGUGACAAGCCUCCUCAGAUCUUCGAGGAGAAGAUGCGUGUCAUGCGUAACAUCUUGCAGGGUUUCGACAACCAGCUCAUCAUGCAGUCUACCCUCAAGGACCUCAUCGAGGUCCUCCGCAACCCUGAGUUGCCUUAUGGCCAGUGGAUGAUCGCCUACGCUGCUUUGGCUUCCCGUAUGCCCCCUAAGCUCGAGCAUGCCCUUUCCGGCACCGUCGAGAAGGCCCAUUCUCGCCAGGCUGACUUCCCUGCCAAGCAGCUGCUUAAGGCUUUUGAUGCUCACUUCGCUGCCAUGAAGCCUUCUGACGCCGAGAUCCUCCGCAACGGCAUGUCUCCUCUCAUAAAAAUUGCUGAGGCUUACCGUGAGGGUAGCAAGGUCCACAAGUGGCGCGUCCUUAUUGGAGUGCUCGAGGAGUACCUCGCCACCGAGACCCUCUUCAGCGGACCUCAGGACCGCGAGGACGAUGUUAUCCUGAAGCUCCGUGACGAGAACAAGGACGACAUCAACAAGGUGAUCGGUACCGUCCUUUCUCAUGCCCGCGUCGGCGCCAAGAACCUUUUGGUUCUUGCUAUCUUGGAGCACAUCAAGUCCCUCGGCGAUAACAACGCCAUCUCCAAGUACUUCUCUGGCAUCUUGCACAAGCUCACCGAGCUUGACUCUCGCCAGACCGCCAAGGUCGCUUUGAAGGCCCGUGAAGUCCUCAUCCAGAUUGCCAUGCCCUCCAUCGAGGAGCGUGCUGCCCAGAUGGAGCACAUCCUUAAGUCUGCUGUCGUCGAGAACCGCUACGGCGACACUCAGUGGGAGCACCGUUCCCCCAACAUUGAUGUCAUCCGUGAGCUCGUUGACUCUCGUUAUACCGUCUUCGAUGUUUUGGCGAACUUCUUCGCUCACCCCGACCCCUGGGUGUCCCUUGCUGCCCUUGAGGUGUACGUUCGCCGUGCUUACCGCGCCUACUCUGUUCUCGCUGUUCACUACUAUACUGAUGGUGAGCCUCCUUUCUGUCUCUCUUGGGAGUUCCAGUUGAGGUCCAUGGGUGCCCCUGGCCUUACCGGUACCGGUUCCCAGACUCCUCUCCACUCUGUCCCUCCUACCCCCAGCGGUGAGACUACCAACUACAAGAGGAUCGCAUCCGUCAGUGACAUGAGCUUCAUGCUUGCCAAGACUGACGCUGAGCCCGUCCGCUUGGGAGCUGUCCUCCCUGUCGCUUCUAUCAACGAUAUUGACGACCUCUUGCCCCGUGUUUUGGACGUCUACGAGCGCAAGACCAACAGCUUCAACGACGACGACGGUCUUACUAUGCCCAUGCUCGGCCGCAGGAAGGCCCCCGUCAAGGAAGCUGAUGAGCCCUUGAACGUUCUCACCAUUGCUAUCCGUUCCGUCAGCGGUAUGGACGAUGCUGCUAUCUCCGCUCAGCUUCAGGAGGUUGUCGAAGAGUUCGCUCCCGAGUUCCGUGCCCACAGCUUGCGCCGCGUUACUUUCAUUUGCGGUCGCGAGGACUUGUCAUACCCUUCCUACUUCACCUACCGUGGACCUGAUUUCGUUGAGGACAUCUCCAUCCGUAACAUGGAGCCUGCUUUGGCCUUCCAGCUUGAGCUCAACCGUCUCUCCCUUUUCAACAUCACUCCUGUCUUCACUGGCCACCGCAACAUCCACAUGUACCGUGCUGUUGGCAAGGAGGCUAUCGGUGACAGGAGGUACUUUACCCGUGCCUUGGUCCGUCCCGGCCGUCUUACUCAGGACAUGCCUACUGCCGAGUACCUCAUCUCCGAGACUAACCGCCUUGUUGGGGACAUUCUCGACUCUAUUGAGGUUGCUGGCCCCGAGCAGACUGACUUGAACCACAUCUUCAUCAACUUCACUCCUGCUUUCAACCUUAACCCUGCUGAGGUUGAGAACGCCCUUGGUGGUUUCCUUGACCGCUUUGGUCGUCGUCUCUGGAGAUUGCGUGUCACCAACGCUGAGAUCCGCAUCAUCUGCGCUGACCCCUCCACUGGCAAGCCCAUGCCCAUUCGUGUUUUGAUUAACAAUGUUUCCGGUUUCGUUGUCAACGUCGAGCUUUACGCUGAGGUCAAGACUCCUAAGGGUGAGUGGAUCUUCAAGUCCCUCCACGGCAGCAACGGCAGCAACGGAAGCAUGCACCUCCGCAACAUCUCCCACCCUUACCCUACCAAGGAAUGGUUGCAGCCUAAGCGCUACAAGGCUCACUUGAUGGGCACCACCUACGUAUACGACUUCCCUGAGCUUUUCGGUCAGGCUGUUCGUGUCGCUUGGCAGAAGGUUGCUGCUACCAACCAGGCCAUCAAGAUGCCCGAGGAUAUCCUUGAGGCUAAGGAGUUGGUCUUGGAUGAGAGCGGCAACUUGGCUGAGGUCUCCCGUGAGCCUGGAACCAACACCUGCGGUAUGGUUGCCUGGAUUGUCAAGGCUAAGACCCCUGAAUACCCCGCUGGUCGUCGCUUUAUUGUGAUUGCCAACGACAUCACCUACAGCAUCGGUUCUUUCGGACCUGCUGAGGAUCGCUUCUUCCACAAGGCUACUCAGCUUGCCCGCCAGUUGGGUAUCCCCAGAAUCUACCUUUCUGCUAACUCUGGUGCUCGUAUCGGUCUUGCCGAGGAGCUCAUUCCCUUGUUCUCUGCUGCAUGGAACGACCCCACCAACCCCGACAAGGGCUUCAAGUACCUCUACCUUACUCCCGAAGUCUACAAGCGCUUGGAGGAGCGUGAGCGUAAGAUUGUCUUGACCGAGAAGAUCGUCGAGGACGGUGAGGAGCGUUACAAGAUCACUACUGUCAUCGGUGCUACCGACGGUCUCGGUGUUGAGUGUUUGCAGGGAUCUGGUUUGAUUGCUGGUGAGACUUCCCGUGCUUACGAGGAUAUCUUCACCAUCACCUUGGUUACCUGCCGUUCCGUUGGUAUCGGUGCUUACCUCGUCCGUCUCGGACAGCGUGCCGUCCAGAUCGAGGGUCAGCCCAUCAUCUUGACUGGUGCUCCUGCCAUCAACAAGCUUCUGGGCCGUGAGGUUUACACUUCCAACCUCCAACUCGGUGGUACUCAGAUCAUGUACAAGAACGGUGUCUCCCACGUUACUGCCGCUGACGAUCUCGAGGGUAUCUCCAAGAUCAUGGACUGGUUGUCCUACGUUCCUGAGCGCCGUAACGCCCCUGUCCCCAUCUCUCCUUCGAACGACAGCUGGGAUCGUGAGGUUGAGUACACGCCUCAUAAGGGUGCUUACGAUGUCAGAUGGCUCAUUGCCGGUAAGGAAGAUGAGGAGGGCUUCCAAGCUGGUUUGUUCGAUAAGGGCUCCUUCCAGGAGACUCUCAGCGGAUGGGCCAGGACCGUUGUUGUUGGUCGUGCUCGCCUCGGUGGUAUCCCUAUUGGUGUUAUUGCUGUCGAGACCCGCACCGUCGAUAACGUUAUCCCUGCCGACCCUGCAAACCCCGACUCCACCGAGCAGGCCUUGAUGGAGGCUGGUCAGGUUUGGUACCCCAACUCUGCUUUCAAGACCGCCCAGGCGAUCAACGACUUCAACCACGGUGAGCAGUUGCCUUUGAUGAUCCUUGCCAACUGGCGUGGUUUCUCUGGUGGUCAGCGUGACAUGUACAACGAGGUCUUGAAGUACGGUUCUUACAUCGUCGAUGCCUUGACAAAGUACAAGCAGCCUGUCUUCGUCUACAUUCCUCCUUACGGUGAGUUGCGUGGUGGAUCCUGGGUCGUCGUUGACCCUACCAUCAACCCUGACAUGAUGGAGAUGUAUGCCGACGAGGAGUCUCGUGCUGGUGUCUUGGAGCCCGAGGGUAUUGUCGGUAUCAAGUACCGUCGCGACAAGCUUUUGGACACUAUGGCUCGUCUUGACUCUACCUACGGUGAGAUUAAGAAGGCUUUGGAGAAGCCUGACCUGUCCGCUGAUGAGCAGUCCGACCUUAAGGUCAAGUUGGCUGCCCGUGAAAAGUUGCUCAUGCCCGUCUACCAGCAGAUUGCUAUCCAGUUCGCUGACCUCCACGACCGCGCUGGCCGCAUGAUGGCGAAGGGUGUCAUCCGCCAGCCUCUUGAGUGGGUUCAGGCCCGCCGCUUCUUCUACUGGCGUCUUCGCCGUAGAUUGGACGAGGAGUACGUCCUCUCCAAGAUGUCCGGUGCCAACGCCAAGUUGUCUCGUGCGGACCGUGUUGCUAAGCUCCAGCAAUGGUUCGCUUCCGAGCAUGACUCUGUUGCUUGGGAGGCUCACGACAGGGAAGUUGCCGAGUGGCUCGAGCGCGAUGCUAAGACUAUCGCUGCUGCGAUUGAGGACUUGAAGGCUGGUGGUGUUGCUGAUACGAUUACGGAGUUGGUGAAGAGCGACAAGAAUGCCGUUCUGAGCGCCAUGGCUGAGUUGUUGAAGGGAUUGUCUGCGGAGGAGAAGCAGAAGCUUUUGCAGUAA